AGCACACUUCUCUUUCUCGGCGAAAUUCACCUGCGGGGUUCAUCUUUGCUCUCUCUUCCCUUUCUCUCACUCCCAGGGCCAACCCCCAGCUCCCCGAUUUUCUCGGUCAUUUCAAGGAUUAAUCGAAUUUUACUGUCCCACGAUCGAAGCCCAGUGAGAUCGAUUCCGAAUCUAGCUCGUGAUUGCAGCAAAAAUCGGUCCUUAUUGAGCUGAAUUUCGAUUUUGGGGCUGGGUGAGCUAUGGAUGCUGAUUCAUGGAGUGCUCGUCUCUCGUCGGCCUCGAGGAGAUAUCAAUCUUCCCUUCAAACGCGAUCAGUAAGAUGCAGUAUUUUAUGUUUCGGCCCAAUUCCUGAGGAUGAUAUGUUUAUGGGGUUCGAGGAAAUUGAUGGAGAUGAUGAUAUUAGGGAGGAGUUUCCAUGCCCAUUUUGUUCAGAGUAUUUUGACAUCGUUGGCUUGUGUAUUCACUUAGACGAUGAGCAUCCAGUGGAAGCAAGGAAUGGGGUGUGUCCUGUUUGUGCAAUGAGAGCAGGAGUUGAUAUGGUUGCACAUAUAACCCUACAACAUGGAAAUAUUUUCAAGAUGCAGCGUAAAAGGAAGUCAAGAAAAAGUGGAUCCCAUUCUGCACUCUCUUUCUUGAAAAGAGAACUGCGUGAUGGAACCCUGCAGUCCCUUCUUGGAGGAUCGUCAUGUACGGUUUCUUCAUCUAACGCAGCAGCUGAUCCGCUUUUAUCGUCAUUUAUACUGCCCGUGGGUGAUGAUUUUGCCAGUGUUCAGACAAACCUUUCAACUGAAACUAGCACUAAAAAGAAAAGCUUGGAUGAAAAUGUGCCUGAACGGAAAGUACAGACACCCCCUUUAUCUGUCAAGGACCAGGAAGAGAGGGCAAAGCGGUGCAAGUUCGUUGGAGAACUGUUGUUCUCGACAAUCCUCAAUGACGGUUUAUGAAGAGAGCUCGAAGUGGUUGCAUCAGUGGUGGAUCUCACUAAGGUAAAGAGCCAUGGAAUCUACUACGCGCGGCUUGUUAGGGCAAAAUAUGCCGAUGUAUUUUUUAAAAUAGAAAGCUGAGAAAUAAGGUCUGUAGGAGUGAAUGGAUGUACUCUUAUUGUAUGUAUGAACUGGUAGAACCUGAACAGAGUUCCUUCCCUGGGUCCUGUCAGGUCAUGAAUCAUAAUUAAUAGAUAUACUAUGUUUAAGGAUUAAAAA